AGCAGUGAAGUCCCCUGGACAUCACAGAAUAAUGAACAUAACCCCAAGGUGGAGCUAGAAGGAACCUCAGAACCUGACUCCACACCUGGGUCACACUUUUUCCCUGGAUGAAGGUGACCAUGAGAGGUGCCGUGCGGGUCUCGAUCAUGCUCCUCCUAGUAACUGUGUCUGACUGUGCUGUGAUCACAGGGGCUUGUGAGCGGGAUGUCCAGUGCAGGGCAGGCACUUGCUGUGCCAUCAGCUUGUGGCUGAGAGGACUGCGGAUGUGCACCCCACUGGGGCGGGAAGGAGAGCAGUGUCACCCUGGCAGCCAUAAGGUCCCCUUCUUCAGGAAACGUCAACACCACACCUGUCCCUGCCUGCCCAAUCUGCUGUGCUCCAGGUUCCUGGACGGCAGGUACCGCUGCUCCACGAACUUGAAGAACAUCAACUUUUAGGAGCGAUCCUGGUCUCAGGAUACCCACUCGGCCUCUCUGUUCCCUCCUGCUUGGCACACGCACACACCUCCCACCACUACAGGGCCCACAGGCUGGCCUGAGCCCAUCCCAGCGUGGGGCUGUGGCCCUGCUUGGUGCCUUGCCUGGUUCUCUUCUGUGCUCAGGCUUCCUGGGUGGUUGUAAAUGGCAGAAAGGACACCCUCUCCACUCUCUGGGUGACCUGAUUUCCUCCCUGCCCUCUGCCCCUGUCCCUGCACAUGCCUUUCUCCAUGAAUUAGACACUCCUUGGGUGCAUUGCUUAGAGUCAAAGGACCAACCUAAGGUUUGUUCACCUUCCUUUAAUUCCUUAAUAUUAGCAUGCAGGCCCAAGGAGAGCUCUUCCUACAUGUUAGUGGGUAGUCAUCUCAAGGCAGGUGUGGGGAGCCAGGGAGGUCAGUCAACUUCUGAAGGCUCUAUUCUCAACCAGCCUGUGACCUGUGACCUUCACUCAGCCCACUAGGCCAGAAUUGCAACUCCUCUAAGGCCCCUCCUGACGCUUUACCAUUAAUCAGUGAUGUUCCCUCCCCGCUCCCCGUUAACAUGUAGUGUGAUAGUGACAUGUUAGAGAGCAACUGGGGAGGUGCCUAGAGAGCCCCUUUCCAAGGACCAGCCCUGAGAGCAGCUUAGUGACCUUGAGAUGGGCAGUCUUCUGCCAGGCUGCGGAGGGAUCAAGAAGAGGCAGGAGGAAGUAGUGCAGGGACUGAAAGGAGCUUCAGACCAAGAAGGCAAUCGUGCACCACCCUGCUGGCUUCAGAAUAA